UGCAGUUGACCUUCAGUACGCACAACGCUGUGUUACUUUGAAACCGUUUGCUUCCGCGGGUUCUUUUGUUCCAACGAACCCUAGAAACGCAGGAAAGUAAAAUUGAAUCCAGUUCAACUCUAAAAUUUAAUUGCGAUGGCGAUGGCAAGUAUAUACAGAAGAGUUCUUCCAUCUCCUCCUGCUAUUGAUUUCGCUUCUUCGGAAGGGAAGCAAUUGUUCAUGGAAGCUACUCAAGGUGGAACCAUGGAAGGCUUCUUUAAGCUGAUCUCUUACUUCCAAACACAAUCGGAACCUGCCUAUUGUGGAUUAGCUACCCUAGCCAUGGUCCUGAAUGCACUUUCUAUUGAUCCGGGUAGAAAAUGGAAAGGUCCCUGGAGGUGGUUUGAUGAAUCUAUGCUUGACUGUUGCGAGCCUUUGGAAAAGGUUAAAGCCAAAGGCAUUUCAUUUGGGAAGGUUGUGUGUUUGGCUCAUUGUGCUGGAGCAAAAGUUGAAGCUUUUCGCACAAAUCAAAGUAAUAUUGACGAGUUUCGUAAGCAUGUGAUCGCAUGUUCUACUUCUGAUGAUUGUCAUGUGAUCUCAUCAUAUAACAGAGCAACUUUUAAACAGACAGGUAGUGGCCACUUUUCGCCUAUUGGUGGUUAUCAUGCUGGAAGGGACAUGGCAUUGAUUUUAGAUGUUGCUCGUUUCAAGUAUCCUCCUCAUUGGGUCCCACUUAAACUACUUUGGGAAGCCAUGGAUACAUUAGAUGAUGCUAGUGGAUUUCGCAGAGGUUUCAUGCUAAUAUCCAGGCUUCAACGGCCACCAGCACUACUUUAUACCCUGAGCUGCAAGCAUGAGAGCUGGGUGAAUAUUGCAAAGUAUUUGAUGGAAGAUGUUCCAGUAUUAUUGGGUUCUAGAAAUGUGAAAGACGUGAAGGAUGUUCUCUCCAUUGUCUUCAAUUCUCUUCCAUCAAAGUUUCUUGAAUUCAUCAAGUGGGUUGCAGAAGUUAGGAGAACAGAGGAAGGUGAUCAGAGUUUAAGUCCAGAAGAACAAGAAAGACUUGCCAUCAAGGGGGAGAUAUUGAAACAAGUUCAGGAGAGUGAACUAUAUAGACAUGUGACCGAAUUUCUGUUAAGUGAGAAAUCAGGUUGCAAUGGGCCACUGUGUUUGGGUAAAGAGAGCAGUUUGAGUGAUAUUGCAGCGAGUGUUUGUUGCCAAGGAGCAGGGAUUUUGGAAGGAAAGAGGGAGUCUUCUUCUAAUGGAUUUUGUUGUGGGGAAACAAAAGUACAUUGUCUGAAAUCGAAUGAAGGAGAGAUGGGUGUUACAGUAGUGUCUGGAAAGGUGAUGAAUGGGAUGAGUGAACAGCAUGUGGAUAUGUUGAUCCCUUCCAUUGGAAUGCACCCAGCCAGCAAUGAUGUCCUCACCACACUUUUACUGGCUUUGCCACCACACACCUGGUCUGGUAUCAAAGAUGAAGCCCUCUUGCACCAAAUCAAUGGCCUUGUUUCUACAGAAACCCUUCCAAUUUUGCUUCAAGAAGAGAUUAUGCACUUGCGUGGUCAGCUCCAUGUUCUGAAGCGAUGCAAAGAUGAUGAGGUGAGGUAUGAAGAAAGGAGUGAUGUGUUGAGGAGACGAGAGACAAGAUUGUUGUUACAAGGGUCAAAAUUACAUAAUGAAGGUGAGUUGUCAUUAUUGGGACAACAAAAACAACGAGCCAUUGAUUGUUGUAGCAGGCUUGCAGACAAAUAUGAAAGGACAGAUAGGCUUUCAGGUGGGGGUGGGAUUAGGCGCAUAAUUACAUGGCCUAAACCCAUUGCUUAUACAUCAUACAUAGGUUCAAGGUCUAUAUUUUCUGUUAAUUAUUUAUAUCGCUAGGUAGGGGGGUUAGAGUUAAUUGUUAUUGGCCUAUGAAUAUGAUCCUAGCCACUUUUGUGCCAAUAUACUUGCUACAUCCAAAGCUCCCAUUCA